AUGGGGGAUAUUGUUCUUGCGUUCGACAUCUAUGGCACACUGCUCUCGUUUGAGGCUGUCACUCAUGAGCUGGAGCGCUUCUUGAACGACGAGACCCGGGCCCGGACUGUGGCACAGACAUGGAGACGCUACCAGCUUGAAUACACCUUCAGACUGAACAGCAUGGGCCGCUAUCAUACCUUCCUGGAAGUCACCAGGAAUUCCCUUCUGCAUGCCCUGGAUGAUACGGGUACCUCGCUGCGGGACGAGGAGAUCGAGCAUCUUAUGGCGACCUACAAUAGGUUAACUCCCUUCCCCGAUGUGGAGGACGCUUUGAAUCAGCUUUCAGCUUUUCCACAAGUCACAUCCGUCAUCUUCUCAAAUGGCACCCGGGGCAUGAUCUCCAAUUGCGUGGAGAGCUCGACGGUUCUGUCGCAGCACAAAGCACUCUUCCGAGAUGUUGUCAGCGUUGACGAAGUGAAGCAGUACAAGCCCGCUCCGGCAGUCUACAAUUAUCUGGCAAAGUGCGUCGGCCGAAGUCAGUCAGAGAUGAAGGAUAUCUGGCUAGUCAGUGGCAAUCCAUUUGACAUUGCGGGCGCCCGUAAUGUGGGCAUGAAUGCCAUUUGGGUAGACCGGGCUGAGACAAGCUGGGCCGACAAGGCGCUGCCUGAUGUCAAGCCGACAGCGAUUGUUCACCAUUUGGGAGGGAUUGUAGAGGUGAUCAAGCAACAAUUGUCACUAUAG